GAGUGACCACCUGAGUACGGAACUCUUUCAGAAAGUCAGAACUAUCCCUAGUAGCACCAGCAAGAUAUGUCUACAACUCGCAUCGCCGUAGUGACUGGAGCUGCUCAGGGUCUUGGACGAGCCAUUGCAUUACGGCUUGCUGAUGAUGGCCUUGACGUUGUCGUUGCUGAUCUAGCUUCCAAAUCUACCCAGCUUGAUCAAAUAGCCUCAGAGAUCACAGCGAAGGGUCGAAAGGCAUUAUCCGUCAUUACUGAUGUUACAGACGAUGAACAAGUCAAAAAUCUGGUGCAACAGGCCGUUAGCGUACUCGGGGGGAUUGAUGUGAUGGUUGCGAACGCAGGGAUUUGUCCUACAGCUCCGCUAUUAGAUUUGAACAUACAGGAAUUUGAUCAAGUGUUGUCAGUAAACCUCAAAGGUGUUUUAUCAUGCUAUGUGCACGCCGCAAGGGCUAUGGUAGCUCAGAACAGAGGAGGUCGAUUGAUAGGUGCCUCAUCAUGUGCUGGCAAGAGAGGUGCGUAUGGAAGUGCUGCCUAUAGCUCAAGUAAGUUUGGUGUCCGGGCACUUACUCAAACAGCGGCCAUCGAGUUCGCAAAGUAUGAUAUUACAGCAAAUGCCUACGCACCGGGACCAAUUGAUACCCCCAUGCAUACGGAUGCGUUAGAAAAACUCAAGGCAUCCAAGGAGUUCCAGUCAGAUGUGACUAUGAUAGAUAUAUUAAAAGCGAUGUCGUUCAGUCGACCUCUCAUAGAGAGGCUCGGGACCCCCCAAGAAGUGGCAGGGUUAGUUUCAUUCAUUGCGUCAAAGGACUCGUCUUACAUCACAGGUCAAACAAUCUCAGUUGAUGGUGGAAUGUCGUUCGACUAGGGUCAAGCGCUAUGUGGCAAUGUACAGAUGUAAUGUUAUUGAAUAUUUUUGCAAGUAAAUGGCGGUCCUUGAGUGGCAAAUUUUGUAUUAUAUGUUCUGUGAAUCAUUCCAUUGGGAGGAAGCAACAACGUAGCAGGAAUGGAGUGUACCUUUUAGUGCCGAGGCUCCAGACCGUGGGGUGUCAACGUCGGUGAUGGUCCUUAUCGUACAUUGUGUCUUGGAGUAGAACCAAUUUAUUCUUUUGGCUGACG